AUUAUUUCAGUAUGAUUCAUAAAGUGAUCAAAAUAUACAAUGAUCUUGGUGCAUCAGAUCAAUGUUUAAUUCAUCUAAAAAAUUCAAUCAAUAAUAACUAUUCGUCUCAUUCAUUAUCAUUGUCCUAUGAAGAGAUCAAUGGUGUGACCUUGAAUCAGUAUGAUUCUACUACUAUGAAUCAAACAGACUUAAUCUGUUUUGGUGGUGGUUAUGAUUUAGGCUAUCUAAAAUCAUUGAGCAUUGAAGGCUGUUUAAAAUUGCAGAAAUAUAUAAAAGAAAAUCAUGGAAAAUAUUUGGGUAUCUGUGCUGGUGCUUAUUUUGCUAGUGAUUAUUGUCAGUUUGACAAAAACGGACCACUUGAAGUUUGUGGAGAAAGACAUAUUAAGUUAUUUCGAGGAACUGCAAUAGGUCCAGUAUAUCCGGGGUUUCAGUAUAACAAUGAGAGUGGUAGUUAUGCAGUGCCAAUUGAAGCUACAUUGGAGACAAUAAAUCCACAGAAGACAGUAGUCUAUUAUAACGGCGGAUGUACAUUUAAAUCUACAAACUGGGAGAAUUCACGAGUACUAUAUAAGUAUUCAGAUAAUGGGAAACCAGCGAUAAUCUUCUCGAAUCUAGGCAAUGGUUGCGGUAUUCUAAGUGGCGUUCAUUUUGAAUAUGAUCCAUACCUAUUAGAAAAGCAGAUCUGUGCUGGUCAGAAUCAUCUUGACGACAGUAAUCACAGUUAUAAAGUGAUUGAAAAACUGAAGGCGAAUAAUUUAACACGUUUACAAUUAUUUAAAACUUUAAUUGAGUUAUUGUUGUCUGAUGCUAACAGCAGUUGUUCAGAAUUAUUUUCUGCGUAAAUUUGUGAGAGAUCUUUUGCUUAUUUGCGUGAUUUCGAGUGUAUACACAUUACAUUUUCAA